AUGCUGAAUCUACAUUUGAGUGGUUAUUUGAUUCUAUUUUGCAUAAUAAAUCGUUAUUUUCACAGUGCAUACGCGAAGGACGCGUCUAAGGAACUGCAAACGCAUAAUUCUGAGCCUGCAACGACGCCCAGCCCAGAAUGGUUGGAAUAUCAACGCGAACGCUUCAGUAAUACGAAAGACGUGGAGACAUUGAGAAAAAUGCUUGAUCCAGCAUCGAAAUUGUUAGAAACUAAAGGCCAGGUUGAUGGCCCAACAAGAAUACCGAGUAUUAAAAGCACAGAAAAGCAAUUAGCAGCMAAGCUAGAAGUAGAAAGAGCCGGAGCAACGGUUAAACAAGUACCAAAUGACAGUGAGCAUAGCGAGGAAAUGCUCGUUGAGGACAAUGCAGAUAAAAGCGAUGAAAGAAGUUCUACUGUGGAAAACACCAAUAUGUUGUCCCACGUCAUAAAAGGCGUACAAUAUCCAACGCUUCGAGGAUUUAUAAACUUUCUAAGAACUGUGCGGAGCAGAUGGGUAAAACAAUCAAAAAUGACAUUCCAACAGAAACUUAAUAAAUUGAAGCGUUUGAAAAAUAAAAUGAUGCAUUUAAUAGAGGAUCAAUUUAGCAUGAUUUGGACACCCAAGGUUCACAUGCGCCACAGACGCGGUAUAUUAGGAGAAUCAAAUCUUAACUUCCCUCCAGAGACGGCUUUAAUUAGCAUAAACUUUUUGACCUUUGCUGUUUUYCUAAUUAAACUGGUUAUGCAAGUGGUGCAUAUCAUUAAAAGUAAACACUAUACACUCAGCGGAUUCGGUUUUACGUCCGCCGAUACUAUGACUAAAUCUACAUGAGAACAGAACUACAAGUAUAUAUCAAAUACUAUGGAUUUUAAGAUGAGAAAAAACACCUAUUUUUCUACA